AUGUCAGUCUCCAAGGUAACAGACUCAUAUCCGUCCAUCGAUUGGUCAGUGGUCUCUGUGACCCCGGCAGGAACAAAUGUCACAGACUGGGAGCGUGACGCCCUUCUGGCCGUGGCAGAGGUGGUGGUGCUGGCUAUCAUCUUGGUGAUGGCGUUGCUCGGCAACGGGCUGGUGCUGGUGGUGUUGCUAAGGCGGAGACAACACCACAACCCUCUGCACCAGUUCAUGCUCAACCUCUGUGUGGCCGACCUGAUGGUGGCGCUGUUCCAGGUGUUGCCCCAGCUGGUGUGGGACGCUAAGGGCCGCUUUCCUGGCCCAGACUUCCUGUGUCGCCUGGUGAAAUACCUGCAGGUGCUCGGGAUGUUCGCCUCCUCCUACAUGAUUGUAGCCAUGACAGCGGACCGGCACUACGCCAUCUGCUGCCCCCUGCAGGCACACCGUAGCGGGGCCACCCAGCGCUGGAACAGCUUCAUACUGCUGGCCUGGGGGCUGUCGCUGCUGCUCAGCCUGCCACAGGUCUUCAUCUUCUCCCGUUCAGAAGUGGCUCCAGGUGUCUAUGAGUGUUGGGGCAACUUCGCUGAUUCCUGGGGCCUCAAAGCCUACGUGACCUGGAUGACCCUGGCUGUCUUCAUCCUCCCUGUCCUCAUCAUCACUGUCUGCCAGGUGCGAAUCUUCAAGGAGAUCCACAACAACCUGUACCUGAAGUCAGUGCGCCGCCUGUCUCCCGCCUCCGUCCCUCCAUCCAGACGGGACAGCCAGAGGGGAGGAGGAGGAGGAGGAGGAGGAGGAGGAGGCAGCAGAGGGAGGUCCAGUCUCCCCCUGUAUGUUCCACCACUCAUGUUCAACAACCCUGUGAGUCACACCAGCUUUGACUCCACCUAUCAGCACCUGCCCAUGGGUCCACUCAGGUCCCACAGCAUCACCCCACAGUGUGAUAUUCACGCCUACACUGCUGUUCACCCAGCUGAGCUGCAGCCUGACGUGCUGCCUGACCCUGCAGCGCCCUCUGCUGUCUGCUGCCCCCCACCCAACACCACCCCUGCCCGCGGUGGAGAGGUCUCGGCGGCCAUGUCGAAGACGGUGCGGAUGACGCUGGUCAUAGUGCUCGUCUACUCGCUCUGCUGGGCCCCGUUCUUCAGUGUCCAGCUGUGGGCCGCCUGGGACCCAGAUCCACCCCAGAACGGUGCGGUCUUCACCCUCCUCAUGCUGCUGGCCAGCCUGAACUCGUGCACCAACCCCUGGAUCUACUCGGCCUUCUCCAGCAGCGUCUCCCCGGAGCUCCGCCUGCUGCUGCUCUGUCGCGCGCACACACAGCGGCGAGGCUCCUUACCCAACGAUUCCACCACCACACACACCUCCAAC